AUGAUAAAGUUCGCCGCAUGGAAUAUUAGGGGUCUAAAUGCCCUAACAAAGCAAAAAGAGGGGUGCCAAUUUACUUGGACGCAGAAACCUUCUGGGGGUGACGGUAUAAUGCGUAAAUUAGAUCGUAUUUUGGGAAAUUCUGCUUUUAUUGCUAGAUUUGGGGACGCCUCGGUUUUCUUUGAACCAAGGGGGAUCUCAGAUCACUCUCCAAGAAUUCUUUCUUUCAAAUUUGGUAGGCGUCUUCGUCAUCGUGGUUUCAAGUUUGAUAAUUUUGUGACCUCUCAUGUGGAUUUCCUUAAGUCUGUGGAGGGGGUGUGGAUGAAACCUCAGAGAGGUUCAUAUAUGAAGAGAGUGCUUCGGAAAAUGCAUGAGAUGAAAGGGGUUUGUCGUCGGCUCCAAAAUUCUUAUGGGUGUUUGGAUAAAAAGGUGGCUCAGUUAAAGACGGAACUUGAUGUUGCUCAAUUGGCUUGUGAUCUAGACUCGUUUAAUGAUUUGCUGAAAGAGGACAUUGCUCACCUCUUGCUAGCAUAUCAAAAAGCUAGAAAUGAUCAAGUGGAAAUGGUUCGACAAAAAGCAAAGAUCUCUUGGCUUAAUGAAGGGGAUGGAAACUCAAAGUUCUUCUUUCAUGCUACGAAAGAGAAGCGUAAUAGGAGCCAUAUUGCUACUAUUAGGGAUUCUUUUGGUACUGUUUUUGAGCAUCAUGAUGUCCCAAAAGCGUUUAUUAAUCAUUUUGAAGGUAUUCUGGGUAAUUCUAAUAUGUUGGAUGCUCUGUUCGAUAUUGGGAAUGACAAGGCUCCUGGCCUUGAUGGGUUUUCGUCAAAGUUCUUUAAAGCGGCUUGGAGUGUGGUAGGUAGGGAUGUUCUCAUUGGGAUUCAUAAUUUCUUCUACUCUGCAAAUUUGGAUUACCAAUUGAAUCAUACUCUACUAUGCCUCGUCCCGAAGGUUCCAAAUGCUUCAUGUGUUACUGAUUAUCGUCCCAUUGCAUGUUGUAAUGUUUUGCUGAAAUGUAUCAGUAAAAUUAUUGCUGAACGGAUAAAAGGUUCUCUGGAUUUUCUUAUUAGCAACGCUCAAUCUGCGUUCAUCCCUGGACAUCAGAUGACUGAUAAUAUUUUAUUGGCACGUGAGCUUAUAGCUGGUUAUCAAAAAUCUGAAGGGGAGCCAAAGUGUGAGUUUAAGAUUGAUAUCCAGAAAGCGUAUGAUACAGUUGACUGGCAGUUUCUUUUAGAGAUGCUAAAGGGAAUGGGUUUUCAUCCAGUUAUGAUUAAUUGGAUAAAGUCUCUAAUCUCUUCGCCUACUUUCUCUAUAUGCGUUAAUGGACGGUAG